GAAGAGCUCGAGUUGCGAGAGUCUUGGCUCUCAGCUGGCUGCGGCUGCACGGCCGCCCAGCGUGGAUUCCCUGUCCAGUUAAUGUGUUAAGAGCCAUUGACAUUUGAAGAUCAUCAGAAGUGAAGAUAAAACAUCUCAAAAAUUAUAAAUGCCUCCACUUCUCAUUCAGAGAAUUCAGUGCAUACAAAAUCAGCUUCUGUCAUAUCAUCAGAUUCCAUUUCAACUUCUGCAGACAACUUUUCUCCUGAUUUAAGGGUCCUGAGGGAGUCUAACAAAUUAGCAGAAAUGGAAGAACCACCCUUGCUUCCAGGAGAAAAUAUUAAAGACAUGGCCAAAGAUGUAACUUAUAUAUGCCCGUUCACUGGUGCUGUACGAGGAACUCUGACUGUUACAAAUUACAGGUUAUAUUUCAAAAGCAUGGAACGGGAUCCUCCAUCUGUUUUAGAUGCUUCUCUUGGUGUGAUAAGUAGAGUAGAAAAAAUUGGUGGUGCUUCCAGUCGAGGUGACAAUUCUUAUGGACUAGAAAUUGUAUGCAAGGAUAUCCGGAAUUUACGGUUUGCUCAUAAACCUGAGGGGCGAACAAGAAGAUCCAUAUUUGAGAAUCUAAUGAAAUAUGCAUUCCCUGUCUCUAAUAACCUGUCCCUCUUUGCUUUUGAAUACAAAGAAGUAUUUCCUGAAAAUGGGUGGAAGCUAUAUGAUCCUCUUUUAGAGUACAGAAGGCAGGGAAUUCCUAAUGAAAGCUGGAGAAUAACAAAGAUAAAUGAACGAUAUGAGCAGAGUGAUACAUACCCUGCCCUCUUGGUUGUGCCAGCAAAUAUUCCUGAUGAAGAAUUAAAGAGAGUGGCAUCCUUCAGAUCAAGGGGCCGGAUCCCAGUUUUAUCAUGGAUUCAUCCUGAAAGUCAAGCCACAAUCACUCGAUGUAGCCAGCCCAUGGUAGGAGUGAGUGGAAAGCGCAGCAAGGAGGAUGAAAAAUACCUUCAAGCCAUCAUGGAUUCCAAUGCCCAGUCUCAUAAAAUCUUUAUAUUUGAUGCCCGGCCUAGUGUUAAUGCUGUUGCCAAUAAGGUGAGAUUGUCUCACUUUCAAUAACUAAGACUUAAUAACAGUAUAAUAUUAAGAUUUUAGUAACAGUUUCAUAAAUCUGCCGCUGUUUGGCACGGGCCACAGUGUAGAGAAAAGGGUGCAGACUCGAGAAGGGUAACAGUGGAGGUGCUAAUCCUGGCUCUCCUACUUGAUCUUUUGUGGCUUUGAGUUAUUUAAUCUUUUUAGAUCUCAAUUUGCUCAUUUGUAAAAUAAUAAUAGUAAUAGCUAACAAGGUUGUUUUAGGGGUAAAAAAUCAUAUAAUAAAAGAUAGUGAAUAACACUGCCCUUGGUUACAUAAUAAAUAGGUGCUUAGUAAUAUUAGUUUCCUUCUCCCUUAUAUGAACUUUACAACAGAUUGAGCCUAUGACUGACUGGAGUUCCUGUUAAAUACUGUAAUCGUAAUAGUGAAACUGUUCCAAGGGGCCAUGGUGCCAUCUCCCUAACUUCCCUCCACCUGUAUAAGUUAUUCAGCUCCUGAAGAAUUUGCAAUUAGCUAUAUCAGUAUUCCUGAUUUCUGCUGUAGAAUAAGUGUUCGCAUUGUGGAAGUAGAAA